AUGGAUAGAAAUGAAAUUACCUUUUCAUCAUCAGAUUCAAAUGAUGAAUUUGCGAUGAUUGUUAUUGGAAUACUACUUAAAGAGCGUGUGUAUCGAAAUAGAUAUGACCCUUUAGUAGAGUAUGAUGAUGUUGAUUUUGUUCGUCGAUUCAGGCUCUCAAAAGAUUCAUUUUCUGAGGUUUUAUUUUUGAUUCGGGGCCAGAUUUUACAUAAAACCUCACGCAGUUAUGCUUUACCUCCACAUUUACAAUUAUUAAUCACACUCAGUUUUUAUGCAACAGGCGCUUUUCAAGCAGUAAUUGGGGAUUAUUUUCAUGUCCAUAAAUCGACUGUAUGUAGAACUUUAAAGUGUGUUUUAAGAGCUAUAUCUAGUACCUAUGCGUCCAAAUUAUAUUAA